AUGGAUGAAGCAGCAGCUAUGGAGCAUCUCCACUACGAAAAAGUUGCAGAUGAAUUGCAAACUAUAGAUGAUGUAAUUCAGGAGGAUAAUUUAGAAACGGUAUCUAAUACUACAGCUGCUACUAUCGAUCCAUUUGAUCAACAAGAUUUUUCGAUAGAUUUGCAAAUGGAAUCAAUGAGGCUCAGUGCGACUGAUUAUCCGUUGAAACCGGAAAGGAGAACUUCUCUCAAUAGAUGCAAUGAAAAUGCAACGGAAAUAUUUGCCGAAGAUAUCAUUCCGGAGUUAGAGCAAAACUGUUACGAUCAGAAUGGUCUUUCCGAAAAAGAGAGCAUACCAAAAGAAUAUUCACCUGUCCAGGAAUUGCUUCUUUCUAAUCAUCAUCAAGUAGAAGAAACUCAUAAUAUCCAAGAGGAGUUACAAGAUAACAUUGAGACAGGAAAUCAUGAAUUACCUGGUAUGUAA